CGACACAUAGCUCCCACGUACCGUACGCAGCGCACGCCUGCGCGGGAAUUUAAAAAUCAAAACUUUUUUUUGUAUGUGGUAUUGAAUUCGAAUUUUAAAAAUAAUAAAAAGUUCAUAAAGUAAUAGCAAUGGAUUAUAGAAUUUUAUUUCUGGUCAUUGUCGUCGUGGUGGCACCGACUUCCUCAAACACAAAUAUAUUCGGGGGCCACUGUUCGAAGCAAGACCCAAAUGUUGACGCGUGUCUCCUCAAGAGCUUCAACAACCUCAUCGACCAUAUGAAAGAAGGUUCACCAGAACUAGGAAUUGAACAGACGGAUUCCAUAACGAUCGACGAGUUGUCCAUUGCAUUGGGCGGUGGACCUGACGGCUACCGAGCGACGUUCAAAGACAUCAACGCGAGCGGAGUCGACGAAGUUACCAUUACUAACGUCAGAUCGGACCUGGACACGUAUCAGUUCCAGCUGACGAUGUUCAUCCCGCACAUCAGCGCCACGGCGCGGUACCGCUCCUCGGGCGUGCUGCUGCUGGUGCGAGCCUCGGGCGGCGGAGACUACUGGGGCGAAUAUGAGCAUGUAAAGGCGAAGGUAUACUUCCGCGGCGAGCCGUACGAGCGCGACGGUCAGACGUUCCUGAAGCUGAAGCAGAUCAAACUGGACUUCUCCGUCAAAGACAUCAAGAUGGGCGUCGAGAACCUACAGAACAGCAACUCUGUGUUACAAGCUGCACUGAACCUGUUCAUCAACACCAACGCACAAGAGCUUUUGAAAGAGAUGAAGCCGCAGCUGAAGAGAGACCUCGCAGAGAAGAUGUCCAGAUUCCUCGACAGGAUCCUCGAAAAGAUCCCUUACGACGACUGGAUUGUGGAUUAAAUUAUACAACACGCCAAUUAUUAUUAUUAUUUAAACUUGUAGAUAUAAAUAAAACGCAACAUUUUACGUGGAACGUAUUAAAUGUAAUUAAUAGUUAAUUGAUCUACUUUACUACGAUAUUUAACGAAAAUAUACGAAUACGGUAUACGGAAGAUACGAAAUACGGAAAACUUCUAUCUAAACGUCGUAGAGUUAAAACAUCUAUGGAAGAUGCUCCUCGAGGUGAAAGGUGCGUAAUUUCUGUCAGAUCCGAGUGACGAUUUUUCAGUAUUUACGAGAUUGGUCAGUUUUUUGCGGAUAAUGGCUAGAUAAAUUAAUUACUAUUCAUGCUGAAGUUCGGCAAAGCAACGCCUGUUACUACUCAAUUAUUAAAUUUAAGGUAGUUGCAUUCGAAACGACAUUAAGACGUAACCACUUUCGUAUGUACUCAAACUGUUUUCAUAUUCGAGUACACUAAUAACUUAACAUAUACAUUUAGGCUAUAUAAUGACUAAAAACAUUUUGACACAAACUUUCUACAGUCAUUCACAAACAGACAAUACCUAUACAGUUUUAUUAUAUUUUUUAAAUCAAAUUACAAUUAGGUUAAUUAUUUAAUUACGAAUUUUCUUAAAUUAAAAUGGUACCAUAAGUCUGUUUAAUUAUUCCUUUUUAAUUUAUAAGUAUUAAGGUGCAGUGAUUUAGAUGUAAGUGUGAAAAUAAACAGAUCUAAAAGAG